AUGAAAAAAUCUAUAGCUUACACAAAAGGACAUGCAUGCAAGCAAGCGUGCGCGAAGCGCGCGCUUGUUAUAAAUAUUAAUGGAAAUAUAAAUCAAAAAAUUGUAAUUAUUGGUCUUGGAAUAUGUCUAAGUUUUUGCAAUUUAGUUAUUUUAAUUACAAAUGUUCAUAUAUUAUUUUUUAAAUGGAAUCAAAUUUUUACAUUAAUUUGUGAUUUUUUAAUAAAUUCAUUUGCUAUGGAAGCUGCAGGAGGAACAUUUGUAAUGUUAAUUGAAAGAAUACAUGCUUUUAUGAAAGUUGGCUUUUAUGAUGAAGCAAAAAUUAACUAUUUAUAUAUUAUAAUUUUCUUUAUUCUUUUACCUAUUGAUACAAUUAUUUUACUUCCAUUUUGUGAUGUCUUUGUACAUGAAAUUGUUACCACAUUAUAUUGGUUAGGAUGUACAACAUCUGCUGCAAUAUGUCUAACUAUUAUUUGUUGGAUUUGUUAUAAAAGAUUGAAAAUUGAAAAAUUAUUAAAGAAUAAUCUUAAUAAAAGAUAUUUAUUAAUUGAGGAACAAGCAAAUAUUAAAUUAUAUUUAUGUUUUAUUAUUAUACAUUGUAUUACAAGUUAUAUUAGUUAUGGAUUAUAUGUUUUACAACGUUUCAAAAUUAUUAAAAAAGGUAUUAUUCGUGUUAUCAUAAAUUGUUUACUUUGUACUUUUUAUGUUCUAUAUGUUUUAUGUAUAAAUAUGUUAAAACCAUCUGUACGAAGAAGAAUAGAAGAAUUUUUAAAUAGAUAUAUAUUAAGAAAAAAAAAUAUUUCUCCUAUUUUGAUGUCAAAGAAAGAUCGUGAUUAUAAUGAAACAUUAGAACAUUUUAAUCAAUUAAAAUUAUUAUGGAUAUAA